AUGAUUUUGCCGCCAAAGCUAAUUUCCUUAUCCCAAACAAAGCAAGCCCAUGCUCGCAUCAUUGUCUCAGGCUUCGCAGGCAGUGUGUCUCUUACAAGUCACCUCCUUGCUUUCCUUGCUAUAUCCCCAUCCAGCCCAUUUGAUUAUUCCCUCUCAAUUUACCGCAAAAUCAAAAACCCAAAUGCUUUCGCCUCUAAUAAUAUGAUCCGGUGCUUUGGCAAGAGCGACUGGCCUCUUAAAUCACUUGUUCUUUACUCUAGUAUGUUGAGAAGUUGUGUAAGACCCAAUAACUAUACUUUUACUUUUCUCUUGCAAGCUUGUAGUAAGGGUUUGGGUUUGAAUGAAGGGGUUCAGGUUCAUGACCAUGUGCUAAAACUUGGGUUUGGUGAGGAUGUUUAUGUAAGAAAUGCAUUGAUUCAUUUAUAUUCUGCUUGUUGUAGAAUUGAGAGUUCAAAACAAGUGUUUGAUGAUAGUCCACUUCAUUGUGAUGUUGUUUCUUGGAAUGUAAUGUUGGCUGGUUUUGCAAGAGAUGGGCGAGUUGAUGUUGUAGAGAAAAUGUUUGAUGAAAUGCCUGAUAGAGAUGUCAUCUCAUGGAAUACGAUGAUUAUGGCUUAUGUUCAUAAUGGGAAGCUUGAAGAAGCCAUAGAGUGUUUUAGGAGGAUGAGAGAGAAUGGGUUUGUACCAGAUGAGGCCACAUUGGUGAUAAUGCUCUCGGCAUCAGCACAAUUAAGUUUGCUUGAACAUGGUCGGUUGGUUCAUUCGAUUAUUGAUUCAUUGAAUCUUCCUAUGACGGUUAGCAUUGGUACUGCGCUUCUGGACAUGUAUGCAAAAUGUGGAUGCAUUGAACAGUCUAAGGUUUUGUUUGAAAAAAUGCCUCAAAGAGAUGUGUCUACAUGGAAUGUUAUGAUAUGUGGAUUGGCUUUGCAUGGACUUGGAAAGGAUGCUCUUGCACUCUUUGAGAGGUUCUUAAAUGAAGGACUUCAUCCGAUGAAUGUAACCUUUGUGGGGGUUCUGAAUGCUUGUAGUCGAGCAGGUUUGGUAAAUGAGGGCAGACAUUAUUUUCAGAUGAUGACAGAUAGCUAUGGCAUUGAGCCGGAGAUGGAGCAUUACGGCUGCAUGGUUGAUCUCUUGGGACGAGCUGGUUUAGUCUUUGAGGCUAUCAAAGUAAUUGAGAGCAUGGUUAUCUUGCCAGACCCAGUGUUGUGGGCAAUGGUUCUUUGUGCUUGUAGGAUUCAUGGAUUAGUAGAAUUGGGUGAAAAAAUUGGGAAUAGACUAAUAGAAUUAGACCCAAACUAUGAUGGACAUUAUGUGCAAUUAGCAAGUAUUUAUGCCAAGUCUAGGAAAUGGGAAGAUGUAGUUAAAGUUCGAAGAUUGAUGGCUGAGAGAAACACUAUUAAAGUUGCAGGUUGGAGCUUGAUUGAAGCCCAAGGAAGAGUACAUCGAUUUGUUGCAGGCGACAGAGAGCAUGAGCAGUCACUAGAAAUACAAAAGAUGCUUGAAACAAUUGAAACUCGGUUAGCAGCAGCUGGCUAUAUUCCCAACAUUUCACCAGUCUUACAUGAUAUUGGAGAAGAAGAAAAAGAGAAUGCAAUUAAGGUGCACAGUGAGAGGUUAGCUAUUGCAUUUGGUCUUUUGGUUACAGGGCCAAGAAGUUGCAUUCGGAUUGUGAAGAACCUGAGGGUUUGUUGGGAUUGUCAUGAGGUGACCAAGAUGAUAACAACAGUUUUUGAAAGGGAAAUAAUUGUAAGGGAUGGGAGCAGAUUUCAUCAUUUUAAGGAAGGGAAAUGCUCAUGUCUGGAUUAUUGGUAG